GCGCGUGCAACCGACACCCGCGGAUGAUCCCGGAGCCUCAGCUCGACGCCGCUCACUCGUGGAUUUCCCGCGAACCGGAGACUCGCGCGCGGACCGCUGCCCAUCAUGCCGUGAUGGUGUCGCACUCGCGGACGCGUCACGCGUGUUUGUGAUUGAGGUAGAAGAAGAUGAUGAAGAUGAUGAUGGUGAGGAGCGGGACUCUCCUCAGACUCACGGUGCUCGUGUUGGUCGCCGGUUCGAGCGGGAUGCCGCACGUGCUCCGAUUCGGUGGUAUAUUUGAGUCGAUAGAGAGUGGCCCGUCCGGACCGGAGGAACUGGCCUUUAAAUUUGCACUGAACACCAUUAACAGAAACCGAACGCUUUUGCCCAACACAACGCUUACAUACGACAUCCAGAGAAUCAACGUCUUUGACAGUUUCGAGGCCUCCAGAAAAGCCUGCGAGCAGCUCUCCCUGGGUGUGGCAGCAAUCUUUGGCCCCUCCCACAGCUCGUCAGCCAAUGCGGUGCAGUCUAUCUCUAAUGCUCUGGGCGUCCCUCACAUUCAGACGCGCUGGAAGCAUCAGGUGUCUGACAACAGAGACGCGUAUUACGUCAGUCUGUACCCGGAUUUCUCCUCCCUCAGUCGUGCAAUACUGGAUCUAGUGCACUUCUUCAGAUGGAAGAUGGUCACUGUGGUGUAUGAUGACAGCACCGGUCUGAUCCGUCUGCAGGAGCUCAUUAAAGCUCCGUCCAGAUAUAACAUCCGGCUGAAGAUCCGACAGCUUGCCGUUGACACCAAGGACGCCAAACCGCUGCUCAAAGAGAUGAAGAAAUCCAAAGAGUUUCAUGUUAUCUUCGACUGCAGUCAUGAGAUGGCCGCGUGGAUCCUCAAACAGGCUCUAUCAAUGGGAAUGGUGACUGAAUACUACCAUUACAUCUUUACCACACUGGAUCUGUUUGCUCUGGAUAUGGAGCCGUAUCGGUUCAGUGGAGUAAACAUGACUGGGUUCCGUAUCCUGAACACGGAGAGUGCGCAGGUGUCGUCCAUCAUCGAGAAAUGGUCCAUGGAGCGACUGCAGGCGCCGCCCAAACCAGACUCAGGCCUGCUGGACGGCUUCAUGACGACGGACGCAGCUCUCAUGUAUGAUGCAGUUCACGUGGUCGCAGUCGCCGUUCAACAGUCGCCGCAGAUCACCGUCAGCUCGCUACAAUGUAACAGACACAAACCCUGGCGCUUCGGAGGAAGAUUUAUCGGCCUGAUUAAAGAGGCUUCAUGGGACGGACUGACGGGACGAAUUCUGUUCAACAAAACCAACGGCCUGAGAACAGACUUUGAUCUGGAUGUGAUCAGUCUGAAAGAGAACGGACUUGAGAAGAUUGGGACGUGGGAUCCUCCUCGUGGCCUGAACAUGACAGAUAAUCACAAGAGCAAAAUCACCAACAUCACAGAUUCACUGUCUAACAAAUCACUGCGAGUGUCCACUAUACUGGAGGAGCCGUACGUUAUGUUUAAGAAGUCCGAUAAACCUCUGUAUGGUAACGACCGCUUUGAGGGUUACUGUGUGGAUCUGCUUCGGGAACUCUCUGGAAUCCUGGGGUUCCGCUACGAGAUCCGAUUGGUGGAGGACGGGAAGUACGGUGCUUUUGAAGAGAGCUCGGGCCAGUGGAACGGCAUGGUGCGCGAGCUUAUGGAUCAUAAAGCAGAUCUGGCCGUGGCCCCGUUGACCAUUACGUACGCCCGAGAGAAGGUGAUUGACUUCUCCAAACCCUACAUGACGCUGGGCAUCAGCAUCCUGUACCGCAAACCCAACGGCACCAACCCCGGCGUGUUCUCCUUCCUCAACCCUCUCUCCCCUGAUAUCUGGAUGUAUAUUCUGCUGGCCUGCUUGGGUGUCAGUUGUGUGCUGUUUGUCAUAGCCAGGUUCAGUCCGUAUGAGUGGUAUAACCCUCACCCCUGUAACCCCGACUCAGAUGUGGUGGAGAAUAACUUCACACUGCUCAACAGUUUCUGGUUUGGUGUCGGAGCGCUCAUGCGGCAGGGUUCGGAGCUCAUGCCUAAAGCUCUCUCCACAAGGAUAGUUGGAGGAAUCUGGUGGUUUUUCACUCUCAUUAUUAUUUCAUCAUACACGGCAAACCUCGCAGCCUUUCUGACCGUAGAGAGGAUGGAGUCGCCCAUCGAUUCUGCUGAUGAUCUAGCAAAACAAACCAAGAUCCUGUAUGGUGUGGUGGAGGACGGCGCCACCAUGACUUUCUUUAAGAAAACGAAGAUCUCGACGUAUGAUAAGAUGUGGGAGUUUAUGAACAGCCGUCGACAGUCAGUGAUGGUGAAGAGCGUUGAGGAGGGUAUCCAUCGAGUGCUCACGUCAGAUUACGCCUUCCUGAUGGAGUCCACUGCCAUCGAGUUCGUCACCCAGCGAAACUGUAACCUCACGCAGAUCGGAGGACUCAUCGACUCGAAGGCGUACGGCGUGGGAACGCCCAUGGGCUCUCCGUACCGAGACAAGAUCACCAUCGCCAUCCUGCAGCUCCAGGAGGAGGGGAAGCUGCACAUGAUGAAGGAGAAGUGGUGGAGAGGAAACGGCUGUCCGGAGGAGGAGAGUAAAGAGGCCAGCGCGCUCGGCGUGCAGAACAUCGGAGGGAUCUUCAUCGUUCUCGCCGCCGGUCUGGUGCUGUCCGUGUUCGUCGCUGUCGGGGAGGUGCUGUACAAAUCCAAACAGAACGCUCAGAUAGAGAAGCGUUCAUUCUGCAGCGCGAUGGUUGAGGAGCUCCGAGUGUCUUUAAAAUGCCAACGGCGACGGAAACAGAAACCGCAGCCGCCCGCCAUUGUCAAAACAGAGGAGGUGAUUAACAUGCAUACCUUUAACGACAGGAGACUCCCGGGAAAAGAGACGAUGGCAUAAAA